CGAGAGAGUCUCUCGGGGGCUGGAUUAGCCACACGCUGUGGUGAACUAGGAUAAAAUCCGGUGUGCUCCUUCCUUACGCUCUUUACUUUAACGCUCUCGUUUUAAUUUCCUGCGAUUUUGUUUUAAACGCUAUUCACCCCCCUCUAGCGUUGGGCCUUUAUUCUAACAAUUGGUAUCAGAGCCAUACUCUCUGAAAGACUUAACCGUUUGAGAGAAACGAUCAAUGGCUUCUACUCAAAGUUCAUACGCAGGUUUAAGUGAAGGGCAAUCCACCACGAGGCCUCCAUUGUUUGACGGAACAAACUACACCUAUUGGAAGGAGCGGAUGAGGAUUUACAUCCAAUCCACCAACUUUCUCCUUUGGAGAAUUAUCAAAAAUGGUGAGAACGUGCCAAUGAAGAAGGCCGAGGAAACCAACGUCCCUAAGACCGAGGAUGAAUAUGAUGCGCAAGACAUCAAGAAGGUGGAAAACAAUGCCAAGGCCAUCAACAUCAUCUAUUGUGCCGUUAACCCCGAUGACUACCGGAAGAUUUCUUGUUGCACCACCGCAAAGGAAAUGUGGGACAAACUAGAAAUCACCUACGAAGGUACAGAUCAAGUCCGAGAAGCUAAAAUUGAUUUUCUAACCCAUGAAUAUGAAUUGUUUCGUAUGAAGGAAAACGAGAAAAUCGAUGAGAUGUUUGAACGAUUCUCCAAAAUCGUCAAUGAUCUUCAUGCUCUCAAGAAAACGUACACGGACAAGGAGCUAGUGAGAAAAAUCCUGCGAAGUCUCACACCGGAGUGGCGCUCCAAAGCCGAUGCCAUUCAAGAGUCCAUCGGCAUCACCAACGUCACCAUUGACGGACUUAGAGGCGGUCAAAGAAAGCAUUCCCGCACCGGCAGAAACGUUGCUUCCUCCUCGGCUCCUCCACCACCGGUGCACAAGUAUCUCGACGGGUCAUUCCUUUGGUUCAAUGAACGCGAAGAGGCGACACGGUUCUCGAAAAAGUUUGAGCAUCGGGAAAUUCUCCCUCCCCGAUUCUCCACCGCCCGCUUCAUUCAUGACUCCAUUCCACGUGAGGCACGGAUUAUCCUCGAACGUGGAAACUUCCUCGAUCUCCUCUACAUCAAGAAGGUCAAUUAUCAACCCUUUCUUGUUCGAGCUUUCUACUCGAACUUGAAAAAGGAUGAGGACGGAGCAUUGAUCUCUAACGUCAACGGGGUGGACAUCUAUUUGAAUGAGGAGAACAUUCAAAUCCUCACCGGGCUUCGUUGGGAUGGACAGGAUCUCGGGCUCUACGUUGGAGAAGAAGGAGCACGGUUCAACGAGACCGCUCUCUUGGAGGAAGUGGGCAUCCGACACUUCGUCCCCACUCCCCAACAGCGGCGCCCUACGAUUGCUUCCAUAGCCCCGUGUUUCGAUUCAUUUUUUAUGUUUUGACACGGAUUCUCAAGCCCAGGAAGUUCAAUCACACCACUCUCUCCCAGGAGGACACAAAGACAAUUCAUGCGAUGAUUCACAACGCCAAUCUCAAUUGGUGUAAAUUUGUGAUGACUCACAUGUUCACGACCACCUCCGACAAUCGGCCGCUCCCCUACGCCCUCCUUGUCAUGGCGAUUCUUGAAGAGUAUAACAUCAAAACCGAUGUUGGGCCAA